CCCAUUUAAACGAAUCAACAGCGGCCACACAAAAGCAACGACGACAGUUGCCACACUGCACUUGCAGUCGUCAACGGGUCAACAACAAAUAACAGAACAAUAAUACAAUAAAAAAAAAAAAAAACAGCAACCGCAGCAGCAAAAGAAGCCACAUAAAAUUUUUGUUAUAAAUAGUAGAGAAUAGAGAGUUAAAUUUGUUGCCUUUGAGGGCAGCUGUGAAUUAAUUGUGGGCAUGUCCUAUUUUAUGCACAGUGCCAGCAGCGAUUUGGUUAAUCUCAAUGUGGGCGGUCAACGCUUCUCAACAUCACGACAAACGCUUACGUGGAUACCGGAUACGUUUUUCACAGCGCUGCUGAGCGGAAGGAUUUCCAGUUUACGCGAUGAGCACAAUGCGAUUUUCAUUGAUCGCGAUCCGACCUUGUUUUCAAUAAUCCUCAAUUAUUUGCGCACCAAAGAUAUUGAUAUUAAAAAUUGUGAAAUCCGUGCGCUGCGACAUGAGGCGGAAUAUUAUGGAAUAACACCGUUAACCAAGCGACUGGCGCUGUGCGAGGAUCUCAAUCAUUCCGCCUGUGGCGAUGUGCUCUUCUACGGUUUUCUGGCGGCGCCAGCAAUGCCACCAAAUGACGCUCUGCCCCAGCAGCAGCAACAGCAGCCUCCGCUGGAUGUGGAAGCCAGCACAUCUGGUGGCGGCGGCGCACGUCCUGGUUCCAUGGUGCGUGUGCCGGAGUCCUCGUCGCGACAUUCGAGAAACUCUUCAUGGGAUUUGCGCUGUGGACGUGUGGCUGGUAGUGGCGCCUCAACUUCGGCAGCAGCUGGCACGGCCGGUGCCGCUUGGACAGCAGCUGGCGGACAUUCCCGGAAUGCUUCCCUCGAUUUUAUGCGCCACUCGCGCAACUCUUCGGCGGAUCUGAACAAGGUCAUCAGAAAUGAGGUGGGUCUGGUGUUCAGUCCCACGCAGUGCUCGAAUUGGACGCCACCGUUGCGGGUGCAGCUGAUCAAGGCGCAUCAGAAUUGGAUCGCUGUAGCCUAUGCACAUUUUGUGACCUGUUAUCGUGUCAAGGAUUCGAAUGGCUGGCAACAGGUGUUCACCUCGCCGCACAUUGAGGCAGCGAUUGAGCGGAUUGCCAUCAAUUCGAAGGUGAACACUUCGACGGCAGAACCGAUGCCCAGCAAAAUGAUUGCCAUCUCGUAUGGUAGCCAGAUCCGAUUGUGGAGCAUCCAGGAGGGCGGCAACAAAUCCGACAUUGGCACCUUUAAUCUUCAUGUGCGCGUCGAGUAUCUGUUCUUCAUUGGCAGCCAACUCGUCGCGUUGUCCUCCUCCGGCAAGAUAGGCGUCUGGCAUGCGAUGACCCAACACUGGCAGAUCCAGGAUCUGGUGCCGGUUUUGUCCUUCGAUUCAGCGGGCUCUUUCCUUUUGCUGGGCUGCAAUAAUGGUUCCAUCUAUUAUAUCGACAUGCAAAAGUUUCCGCUGCGCAUGAAGGAUAACGAUUUGCUUGUCACGGAGCUAUACAAGGAUAUAAACAUGGAUCCCAUAACAGCGAUAUCCGUUUAUCUGACGCCAAAAACAUCGAGCAUCAGUGGCAACUGGAUUGAGAUUGCCUAUGGCACCAAAUCGGGAGCUGUCCGCAUCAUUGUGCAGCAUCCGGAAACGGCUGGACAUGGUCCACAUCUAUUCGAAACAUUCUUUGUGCACCAGAGUCCAAUUACCAAGGUGAUGCUGUCGGAGAAGUUUCUGGUGUCGGUGUGCAGUGAGUAUCAUCAUGUGCGCACCUGGAGCCUGACACGAUUCCGGGGCAUGCUCUCCACGCAGCCCGGCUCCACGCCGGAGGCAUCCUUUAAGAUAGUCUCACUGGAGGCGACCGACAGCAAUUAUAGCUAUGCAGCCGGCAAUGAGUUCGGACCCUAUGGCGACUACGAUGACAUGAUCUUUGUACAAAAAGUGGUGCCCGAGACGAAUCAACUUUAUGUGCGCCUGGCCUCGAAUGGGGAUCGAGUGUGUGUUAUACGCUCCGUGGACGGAUCAACAAUAUCCGCAUUUUGUGUACACGAAUGCGAGGUGUCGUCGCGGAUGGGCUCACGCUUUAUACUCACUGGCCACUGUACGGGUGCGAUACAAAUGUGGGAUUUGACGACGGCACUGGCGCUGCUCAAUAAACAGGAUGCGGCAACGAUGGCGGCGGCGGCAACGAUGAUGGCACAGGCACAACAGCAGGCGCAGCAGCAGCAGCUGCAGCAGAAAACUGCAGGCGGACCCGACACUAACGAACUUCUCCGCCUACUUGACCAGUGUGAAAUCAGCAAUUCAUCAUGCUCAACACCUUGUAUGUCACCGUGUCCAACGGCUUUGGGCGCCGGGAACGGACUGGCCAACUCCAUAGCCCGGAUGAAGGCCAGCAAUAUUGCGCUGCUAAAUCGUGAACCAAGUCAAUCCGGAUUGGUAGCAGCAGCAGCAGCACAACAACAACAACAACCAUCAGCUCCAGCUGCAUUUCUGGCACAGAUGCAACAGCAGGCAGCGUUGGCUAUGGCAGCAGCACCACCACAGCAGCAACCACAACCAGCUGCCAACCAUCCAGCAGCUGCUGCCGCAGUUGGUGCUGCGCCUGCUGUUGGUCUUGGUCAUGGUCUUGUGCUCGGCGAGCAGCCGAUUGUUAACAAUGAAUGAAACGUGGAAGCGGCUGUUUCGGCGCUUGUCGGGCGCGUUUCAUCGUUUACAUUUCAUGGCUGUAGCCUGAUCCUCGAUUAUCAAUACAUAUUGCUGCAGUUCGUCCUCUGUGGCCUCAUCUACUACGUCUGGCUGAUGAUGCGCUCUCGCCUCGAUGGUGGUGGCAACAGCACAGCUGCAACAGCUGCAACUGCAACUGCUGCUGCUGGUAACAUUCAACUGACUGCAUCCGGCAUUUAGCUAAAUCAAAUAAUCUCCCCCAUAUACAUACUAUACAUAUACAUAUAGAUAUAUACAUAUAUAUACUUACUACUGUGCUCGAUGUGGUUGCAAUUUAUGCUCGUCAUGUGCUCGUCACUUGUAUCUAUUGUAUAAGCACACACACACACACCCAUCAUCUUCUCGUUGUGCGUGUGUGUGUUGUGUGUGUGCGUGUGUGUGUGUGUUGAGUGUGUGCGUGUGUGCCUUGUGCUACUGUCUAACGUAAUUUGCGCAUAUGAAAAUAUAUACAUAUUAUUAACUUUAAA